AUGAAUGAGUUUUAUGCCAAUUUGAGGCAGAUAAGUUCUUACACACUUGACGCGGUCGGCCACACAUUUGGACAAGAAUCCGGGUCUGAUGUGAAUAUUAAAGGUCGUUAUUUCGACUUUCUUUCACACGGAUACCAAGCUAAAUUCCAACACACCAUAACUAGUGAAUAG